UUUAAACAGUGUAUAAACCUAUAAAAGUCCGGAUCAAUGGAAUAUUGAUUAUACGGGAAAACACGGAAAAAACGUGUUUUACUCCAUGCAUGGACUUUUCACCAGAAUAAAAUUAACAAACAUUAAAAUUUGGCAAUAAAACGUUUAAAUUGGCUGGUGUGGAAUACAAGUUCACAAAAUGAUACGACGGACUAGUUAAGGGCUGGGUGAAAAGAUAAAAUGGCGACCGCGAAUGGCUCAGAUGAUAUUUUGUCGAACAAGAAAAGCGAUCUAAAUUGUGAACCGUGCUUGAGUGAUGGACGGACACGAUCUGUUGAAGGUUUUUGCAUGGAGUGCGAUGAAUAUCUGUGCCAGUCAUGUCUAGAUGCACACAGGAUACUACGCAUGUCGAAAACACACCAUGUUAAAAGAGGAGAAGACAUACCAAAAAAGAAGCCAAAUAAAAACGCUCAGUAUUCCGCUGAAAGCAGCUGCCAUGUACACACUGACAGUAAAAUAACAUCUUUCUGUAAGUCGCACAAGCAAUUAUGUUGUGACCAGUGUGUGAUUCUGGGGCACAAAGUUUGCACUGAUGUUAAGGCCAUCGGCGAUUAUUCCCAAGAAUUCGUAAACAGCGAAGACUAUAAAACGGCUUUUCAGAUGCUUAAGGACUUACAAUCCGCAUACACCGCGAAAAAGAAAGAGGCAAGUAUGAAUCUUGAGGAAGUUGAUCGUUAUUACCACAAGGCAAUGGAGACGUUCAAAGCUGAACUUGACAAAAUCAAGAUAUCAGAUAUAAGAACGUUAAAGGCUGUGGUCUCUACAUAUGACUGUGUUCUUGGCCAGCUUGGUUCCUGGUUCGAAAGUAUCGACACGUAUAAAAACAACAAACAGGACAAUGAACUCGCCAUCCUGGUGUUGAGGUCCAUAAGAGAUGUUGAUACGAUCAAAGAUAAUGUUCAAACGUUAUGUAACGACGACAGUAUUGUCAGAUAUGACUUCGUGCCAGAUAAAUCAUCACUGCUUCGUCUUGUCAAAGCACCUUUUCUAGUUCAGACGAUUACUAUCAAGCAUGAAAGUGACGAAAAAACAUGUCAAAUCACAGACAUUGCGUUGUUACGAGAUGACCUGGUCUUAUUAGCGGAUUACACCAAUUUAAAACUUAAGACAUUCAAUACUGGCAAUUCUACUUUUGUUUCAAACGUCAAAUUACAAUAUAAGCCAUGGCAGAUGUCAGUUACAGAGCACGGUGAAGCAUACAUGGCAUAUUUUGGCAAACCUAAGAUACUCCACCUGAAGUCACCAGCGACAGACCUCACCACGUUCCGGGAGAUAGACGUAGACGGUAAAUGUUACGCAGUAGAAUGUUUCAACAAAACCCUGAAAGUUCAGUGUUUGACUCCUGCCAAAACUAUUGAAGUGGAUGGAGAAGGAAACCAAACCAGGAUUAUCAGCAAUGACUUAAGUAAGGAAACCAACGCGACUGGAGAACAAUUUGUCACUCAUCCAUACUGGUCAACACAAGAUUCGACUACUGGGUCGAUGUACGUAUCAUGUAAUGGCAAAAAUUCAAUAACAGAAAUCAAAAGUGACGGUGGAAUUAAGUUAUUUGUGAAGUCAGACAAGCUGAAUUGUCCUAAUGGUCUGUGCAUGGACACUGAUGGUUCCAUACUUGUAUGUAGCAAUAGUAGCAAGGACGUGUUAAGGGUAAAGCAAAAUGAAGACAUCCAGAGUGUAUUACCACAACCUCUACACUUUAACCCCAGGGCAGUUGCUCUAGAUAAAAGAACAAAGCGUUUGUUUGUCGCUGGACUUUCUGAUGAGAUGCAUGUGUUUCAAAUCUAAAUUCCGCGAACCAUGAUACAAUAGGGUUUGAUUCCGGGUGAUCUAAAUAUAACAGUGUCGUUUUAAUUUGAUGACCGGCUUGAUAGUUGAUAUAACUAUAUGUAGGCUAAUGUAUUUGUUUUGAUCAAUGGGCUUGGAAAUACUUUUCAGAACUUUAUUACCUAGCAGACAGCCUAUGAGGUUGUUGUACAUAUAAAGCUCUUAAAGCAGUUGAUAAAUAUAUAUAUAAUAUGAAUAAUACUUGUACAUGGUAAAUGAAUCCCUGAUACAUUAAGUAAAUAAUGUGUAAAGUGGUGUUAAUUUAUAAUUCGAUUUAUUGUAACAUCUAUUAGAAGUGUUACAUGUAGCGUGGAUUGUAAAUUUUUUAAAGAGACCAUCAUUUUGAUUACAGUCAUCUGUAAACAUUGCGACGCACAAUGUCGUACCUUGAUAUCUAUGAAAAGUUUUUUGCAUAAGGUACUGUAGUGGCCAAUCAGAGCCCACUAUUGGUAAACCCGCCUCUGUGUAUGAUAAGCCCGCCUCUGGCUAACAGUUGCAUGUAUGUUGAUAGUUGAGUUAUUGAUUAGAUUCAAGAUCGGGUGCGUAUGAGUAUGAAUGUAAUAAAGCUAUAUUAAACCA